CAACCGCGCUGCAUUUUGUUUGUUUAUAUCGUACGGUCAUUCUAUGGUACGGUAUGGUGAAAAGGUUGCAUGGUUCGCGCAGUCCAGGUGCAUCCCAAAAGAGCUGUUAUGAGGAAGCAGAUGAAAGGGCACGGAAUCACAAGUGCAUAGCCUGGCCUAGGGAAGCUACCGUGCCUUCACCCACCCACUUAAGCACUGACCAUGCCUUCAUAGCGGCCAUAGAAAAGAUAAGGACACCAAUUUUUUCUAAGAAGGAAGAAGGGCCCAGUUGACAAACAUGCCAAGAGACUGUCAAAAAUGGAUUGACAACAAGUCGGGCUUGGUCAAGAAAGACGACGACAUGCCUUGUUCACCCUCCCCCGGUAAAGAUUACAAGCACACAGUUGCUGCACAGGAAAAUGAGUGCGACUCGGCCAUGCCAAUCCAAACACAGUGGCUACAGGAUGUACAAGUGAAGAAAGAGCCUAUCAAUGAUGUUCCUUUACACCAACAGGAGGAGUGUAGUGUCCAAGUCUUAGAGCCACUCUUGAAAUGCAAAAGUGAAGCUCAAUGGAACUGUGACAUUCCUGAUCAAGCUGAGCAACCUCGAGAAGACUUUGGCACUACAGCAUCUACAGUAAAGCUGGAAGAAGGGAUGCAGCAUUCUGACAAAUGCAGAGUGGACAACGAAGAGCGAGCCUCCAAUGUAGAAGGCCAGUUCUUCAAGCUUGCCCGCUGUACUUCUCCCGACGGCGAGGUUUCACUGCAGGCUCGGUGCCCCGAGUCCACCAAAAGCACCACGAGUCUGUCAAAGCCAGGACGCCGCCGCAGAAGCACACGGCGGGCUGUCAGCGGCACGUCAUCAGGCACCAGGGUGCCACUGCAUCUUCCAGAAUCGCCUUUCUCGAGAGAUGGUGAUGAUGUGGCUGCCCAGGAGCCUCCGGACGUGCGCUACCACUGUCCGUGCUGCAAUAUUGCGUGCCCCGAAGAGAGCUCCCUGGCCAUUCACGUGCGCUGCCAUGAAAGUGCCGGUGACAGGCGUCACUGCUGUCACCUGUGUCCUGCCACGUUUGCUCAAAAGCAUGGUCUGAAGUACCACCUGAGCCAGCACUGGGGGAUCAAGCCGUGGAAGUGCAGUGACUGUUCCUACGCAUGUACCACGAAGCACGCUCUGGAGCUUCACAUUCGCCACCGGCACAGUGGCGAGCGACCAUUCAAGUGUGACUUCUGUGACAGGGCAUUUGCCUCUCAUUCCAUUUUCAUGGUCCACAGACGCAUCCACACAGGCGAGAAACCCUAUGCUUGCCUACUGUGCCCAGCCACCUUCAGAGACUGCAGCGCCAAGCGGAAACACCUUCUUUUGGCUCAUAGCACCGCGAGGCCCCACACUUGCGAGCACUGCAGCAAGUCCUUUGCCCUGCCGGAGCAGCUCAAGCGCCACGCGCACACACACACCGGCGACACGCCCCACCUGUGCCACUUGUGCCCUGCACGGUUUACUAGGCGCUCGUCGCUUGUGGUUCACGUGAAAAAUCACACAGGCGAUCGCGCGCACCACUGCGAGCAGUGUGAAAAGCGCUUUGUGACUGCCGCGAGACUCGCGGAGCAUGUCAAGUGCAUGCACUCAUCAAAGCCGGCGUACCCGUGCAAGCUGUGUCCCAGGAAAUACAAGCACAGUGGUUCCCUCAACGCACAUGUCCGAGCUGUACACCUUGCUGAGGGGAAGACGUGAACCUUGGAACUGUCUACGUAUGCUGGAAUCGUGCAUGUGGUAAUGUAUACUGACAUGUAAAUAAAGAAAUGCCUAUUUUAUGUAACUAAGAAAUCCAAG